GUCUCUCCCUCCGCUGCUAGCAGAGUUAGCGCUAGCACGUUAGCCCCCAGCAGCUGUCGGUGGCAGUCAGUCAGUCAGUCAGUCAGUCAGUCAUCCAGCCCGUCCGUCCGAGUGGUGGUGGUGCAUUUGUAAUCAUCAUCAUCGUCCUGCUCCUCCUCCUCUCCUCCCAUAGAAAAACCGUGGACGGCCAGGUUGUUUCUUCGGGAGCCAGCGGUUUCACCUCUCUGGGCUACCUGCGGUAAAAUAUUGUUGUCCUCGCCGUCACGACAGGAAGAAGCCCUGGGACAUGGCCAGACCAGAACAAGUCCUGGUGCUAGAGCCACAACACGAACUGAAAUUCAGAGGCCCAUUUACAGAUGUCGUCACUGCCACUCUGAAACUCACCAACCCCACAGAUAGAAAUGUGUGUUUCAAAGUCAAGACAACCGCACCUCGCAGAUAUUGUGUGCGCCCAAACAGUGGCAUCAUUGACUCUGGCACCUCCAUCAAUGUCUCUGUUAUGCUACAGCCGUUUGACUACGACCCCAAUGAAAAGAGUAAACACAAAUUCAUGGUGCAGUCCAUGCUGGCCCCAUACGAUAUGACUGACAUGGAAGGAGUUUGGAAGGAGGCAAAACCUGAAGAGCUGAUGGAUUCAAAAUUGAGAUGUGCAUUUGAGAUGCCUCUAGAAAAUGACAAAACUCAUGAGAGUGAAAGCAACAAAACUGUGUCUUCCUCUGCCUCCUCUGUUAAGACUGAGCACUCCGCACUGCCCAAGUCAGCCAGUGCCUCGCUGGAUGACGGAGAGGUGAAGAAGAUCAUGGAGGAGUGCAAGCGGCUGCAGAUGGAGGUGCAGAGGCUACGGGAAGAAAACAAACAGAUCAGGGAUGACGACGGGCUGCACAAGAGAAAGGUGACCUCACUGGGCACCCCUCACUCUUCUUCCAUGGCAACCUCGGCCAUGAGGGACGAAGGCCUAAGCACCCGCGUCCUGGCGUUCUGCGUGCUCUUCUUUGUCUUUGGAGUCAUCAUUGGCAAGCUGGCCCUGUAGAGACACAGACAGACAGAGCACAGUGAUAGACGGAUGGACGGCGUGCUUGGGAGGACACGUGUCACGAAUGGCAACAGGGAUGUCUUCUGGGGUUAUGUUGAAAUUUUUUUUUUUUUUUUCUUAAACAGUAAUAUCAUGAUGGUUUGUCUGGAUGGAAAAUAAUUUAAUGUGUAAAAAGAAAACAAAGGAAGGCGAUCCCAAGUUAAACCAUGAGUGUGAGCGUUUUUGUCACAGGUCUUGCCUUUUCUUUUUUCUUUUUUGUGUGAAAUAAUCACCACCUCUGAUCUGUUCUUUCCGUCCAUCCCUCCUUCCUAAAUGAUCUUCCGCAACUUGCACAGGUAACAGUUGGUGGUGUGUUCAAGUGGCUUCACGCUGGUUGAAUGUCUAAAGUCUUUUGUUGAUUCUUUAUUGAUUCAAGUCUUCAAGUUCCUCACUCACAUAGUCUGUAAGAAAGAUCUAACACUCUGAUAAUCCUUCCUCCACUUAUUACUGAUAAUCUGCAAGGAGAGGUGAACACAAGUGAUCAGUGAAAGACUCAAAUUCUAUGUAUUGUCUUCUAAACAGUAUGUGGUAAAAAUGAGAGCCAGUAGAAGCUCUGUGUGUGUGUGUGUGCGUGCGUGCGUGCGUGCGUGCGUGCGUGCGCGUGUGUGUGCACGUGUGUUCUUGAUUUUGCCUCCUGCAGGAGGGAUGUGGAUGUUUUUUAUGUUAGGAGACCACAAACGGUGAACUCUCACAGGCUGUUUGAGAACAAAGGAAGAGGGUUGGUUUGAAAACUAAACUGUCAUAUGAACAGAUUUCCUGUACACAACAGAAAAUGGCUAUGUUUGUUGAAAAUCAGAUUCAAUCCUUUGAUCAUUUCAGUCGUGAAACCAGACCAAGGAAUCAGAAAUUCAAUUAUCUAUGUUUAGGCCAUUUGUAAAAUUAUAACUCUGUAAAAUCAAAAUUAUGAUAUAGAAUUUAUGCUGCACAGUGAUCUAGUACGAAAUCAAAGCUGUAAUUUAGUUAACUGGGAAAAUCUGAUGUCUUUAACACUUUAAUUUUCUUGAUAGUUGCCUCCUCGGGUUGAAGAAGACCCCAUCAAGCAGAAACCUUGUCAUGCAAAACCAACACAGACAUUUACAAUAUAUAACAUACUGUUUGUUAUAAUAGUUUGGCCACCUUGUUUAAUUUUGCCCACGGAGUAUUGUAUUUGCAUCCUUUUAGUGUAUUACAGCAGUUGUUUGCUUUUUUUCCUUAUAUUAUCAUUUAGCCACAAUGCUUCUGUUUAUAAUAUUGAAAUGCACUAUAUUCAAGUGUCCACUCUUCAGUCUGCAUGAAAUGACAUGGAUUUAUUAUGAUUAUUAUUUUUUGAGUGUUGAAGUUAUAUUAGCAAAACAAAAAAACUUUUUUUUCAAAGGGACCAUCUUGAAUCUGGUUUAUCAGUUUGUGUGUGAUUUGUUUCCUUUUCGAUUAUCUCUUUUGUUUCCUGUUGGGCUCUGGUGGUUGCGAGAUAACUGAGACAACACAGCUGUAUUAUCUCGGCUAUCACGUGACCAUCUAAGCAGGUUGGUAAAAAGGAAAAAAGAAUAAAUAUCUGUAUUUUUCGUUGCCAGAGGGAGCUUCGGGGAGGAGGGAAAGUGGGAAUGUGGGCGGCUGGGAGGAGGACUGACCUGUGAAUACACACUACAUAAAAGAAAAAAGGCGACAGUGCUUCAGACCACACAUGCAAAGAUACAGUUACACAACAAUGUAAUCACAGUAAUUGGAUACUCUUUUGUAUGUAUAUAAAAAUAAAAACGACUUAAAAAGAUAACUGGCAAAGUGAUUAACAUACUGUAAUAAAGGAAAACGAUAAUUAAACAACCACCAUGGAUCAUCAUAAUGUAGCAUCAUAAUGAAUUAAAACACAUAAACCCCCAA